AAUGGACCAUUUUGGUCUCCAGUCUUUCAGUCUCUCUUACUCUUGGCCUCCUUCCUCUUCUGCAUCUUUCGGCUCCGAAAAUGGAGUAGUAGUACAGGUCACUCACCGUCACAGUCAUGUCCGUUGCCACCCUCACCAACAGCUGCCUUGCCAAUUAUCGGUCACCUUCAUCUCCUCACAGACAUGCCCCACAUAACCUUCGCACGACCGGCCCACAAACUCGGGCCCAUCAUUUACCUCCAACUAGGCCAAGUCCCAACCGUCAUAAUCUCGUCCUCUCGACUGGCUCGUCUGGCCCUCAAAACCCACGCCCAGGGCUUCGGAACCCGCCCACAGUUGAUCUCAGCUUAGUACCUAUCCAUUGGUUGUUCCAACGUCUUCUUUUCCCCAACCGGUCCCUACUGGCGCCAAGCACGCAAAAUCUGCGUCACCGAGUUGCUGAGCUUGAAACGGAUCAACUCGUUCCAACUCGUCAGGGAAGAGGAGGUGAACAGGAUGUUGGAUUGGAUCCGGAAUCAGUCCGGGUCGAGGCUCAACAUGAUCAAGGCGUUCUACCUUAUGAAUGAUACACUAUGCCGCGCGGCGUUCGGGAAGAGGGUCGGGAAUAAUCGUGAUCUGCUGGAUGUAAUAACGGAGACUAAUGUUUUGCUUUCUGGGUUUUGCGUAGGAGAUUUUUUCCCCGAGUGGAAGUGGGUUAACUCGGUGAGUGGGAGGUUGGAAAAGAAGUUGAACGAUUUGAGAAAAAUAUGCGAUGGAAUAAUCAAUGAGCGUUUACAAAAUAAUGAAUUAAAAACAACAACGGGAAAUAGUGGGGAAGAUUUUUUGGACGUUCUACUUCGGUUGCAGCAACGAGACGAUUUGGAGGUGCCCAUUACAGAUGAAAAUAUCAAAGCUUUGGUUAUGGAUCGUGACAUGUUCGAAGGAGGCACGGAUACAACAUCUGCCAUCCUAGAGUGGACAAUGAUAGAGUUGGUGAGGCACCCAAGAGUGAUGAAGAAAGCACAAGAAGAGGUUCGGAAAGUCGCAUCGAGAUUGCACGAGACCCAUCUUGAGCAUCUUCAUUACAUGAAAGCUGUGGUGAAGGAGACAUCGAGAUUGCACCCACCAACACCUCUACUGGCUCCUCGAGAAUCCAUGGACAAAUGCAUUCUCGAUGGCUUCGAAAUACCUGCUAAAACUCGGGUUGUGAUAAACGCUUUUGCCAUCGGAAGGGAUCCAAAGUCAUGGGAGGAUUCUCUAGUUUAUAAUCCCGAGAGGUUUAUUGAUGAUGAGGAUAAUAAGAAUGGUAGUGUUGUAGAUAUUGAUCUUGUCAAGGAUCAAUAAUUCAAGUUUGUACCAUUUGGAGGUUGCCCUGGUUUUGCAUUUGGAUUAGCAACCAUAGAGAUUGCACUUGCUCGUCUCUUUUACCAUUUCGAUUGGGAAUUGCCUCUAGAAGUACUUGAGCCUCAUGAUGUUGACCUCGAUGAGAUUUUUGGGCUUGCCUCCAGAAAGAGGUCUCUUGUUCUUGUCCCGAAAACCAAUAAAGAUUUCCCAGUCGACGUCGUAAGAAAAUGGGUUCCAAUUGAAAGCUACAGAGUUGAGUGCAUGUCGAUAUUAGGACUUCUCAUGGAUAAUGAUGCACCACUGUUGUCUGAAGAAGGUCCUAUAUAUGGUAAAUCUUUUGCAUCAUUUGAGUUUUUUGACUUAUCUGCUUCCUUUUUUGUUUGA